CCGAUCUUUCUCCUCAUAACUUAACAUCUUGGAACUUUGUUCUUCAAUACCAGCAUCACAUCACCAAAUCUUCCGCCAAAACCUCACAACACAACAACCACAAUGCCUCGUCAACGAUCCGUCGGCCGCGCUCCUUCGCGCCCUACCGCUGCUGCUCCCAAGCCUGCUCCUCAGCAGACUCGCCCUGCCGCCACCCACGCUGCUCCUCCCGCCGCCGCUCACCCUCCUGCCCAGGCCAUGCCUCCUCAGGCUGCCGGUUCUCAGGGCCCUGGACUGUUCGGUCAGAUGGCCAGCACUGCUGCCGGUGUCGCUAUCGGUUCCUCAGUAGGCCACGCCAUCGGCGGUCUCUUCUCCGGCGGUUCCUCCGAGGCUGCUGCCCCCGUCCAGGCUCAGGCCGCUCCCCAAGAGCAGUCCUGGAACCAGAACAACUGCGCUGGUGUCGCCCAGAACUUCACAAAGUGCAUGGAUGAGAACAACGGAAACAUGCAGAUCUGCAACUGGUAUCUUGAGCAACUCAAGGCUUGCCAGGCCGCCGCUGGUCAGUAAGCAUGGACGAAUUAGAAGUUAAAAGAGAACAAAAGGGACUUGAUAUCACUAUGGGAAAGGAAACAACACUGGGGAUAUAUAUCUCCUGACAGCGUGCAUGCAUAUAGGAAUCUGGCGGGGAAAUACUACUGUUACAUCUCAGCACUGUCAAUUGUACAAUACAACAAAAAAAGACAUUACUCCCACUCAAAUUGGGAAACCCCUUCA